AUGGACUACAAAACAGGACUUUUGUUAGUUACCUUAUUGGUGGGGUGCUUUGCUCUCCCAACGCCCGAAAAUGGCUCCCUCUUCCGCGUGGAUCCCCGCAUCGUGGGUGGAACUGUUGCGGCACCUGGAAGUCACCCCCACAUGGCAGCUUUGACUAGGGGAUUACUGAUCAGAUCAUUCGUAUGUGGAGGGUCCAUUAUUUCCCCUCGGACUAUCUUGACUGCCGCCCAUUGUAUCAUCAACAACAUAGACAGAAACGGAGGUAUCACCGGUAACAUGCGAGUGACUGUCGGCACCAACCGCUGGAACAGGGGAGGUACAGAGCUCCACCUAACCAGGGGUGUUAUGCACCCCGAAUACAAUCACAACACUAUCAAGAACGACGUAGCUGUUCUCAUCGCUUCUAUUAAUAUCCAAUAUAGCAGCUUGGUCCAGCCUGCGUCACUCUCCUAUGCAUUUAUUAAUGAAAAUCUGCCUGUUCGUGCUGCUGGAUGGGGAGCAGUCAGAGCUUUUGGUCCCGCCCAAGACGAACUCCUGGAAGUGGAUCUCACUAGUCUUACUCCACAACAGUGCGAAGACGAUAUGAGAACAUUCGUUAUUCAAAAUAACAUUCGCUCACCACCUGCUUUAGACACUGGUAUCGAGAUCUGCACUUUCCAUGGACCUGGACUAGGUGUCUGCCAAGGUGACUCCGGCUCUGCUCUGCGCCGCAUCGAUAAUAGACAACAGAUCGGGGUGGUCUCCUGGGGCUUCCCAUGUGCUCGUGGUGCUCCUGACGUGUACGCUCGUGUCAGCAGUUUCGAGAUCUUCAUCACAUCCAACACCCUCGGCUAA